UCAUUCCACAUUUAUUCACGUUCCACCAACCUCUCAUCACUCCAUUUCAUUUCCACCCUUAUCUUGAGAAACAAAAAAAAAAAAAAAAAAAAAAAAACAAAAACUCAACUAACAUGGAAGCAUGCUUUCUCUCCCACAAUUCCUUCACCAAGACCACAGAUCAACUCAUCCCCGUAAUCAGAAACGCCUCUCUACCUCACCCCACCAAGAGAUCUCAACAAUUCCAGUGUAGAAAAGUUAGAAACUCAUUUCCUGUAUCAUGUUGUGACAUGUCAUCUCCGUCACCGUUGGAUGAUGAUGAUGAGAAACCAAGCGUACGUGGCGAUUGGCGAUCUUUCCGUGCAAAACUAGUGGCGGGAGAGCAAUUGAUAAGGCCCGAGGAGGUUUCACCGGUGAGUGAUCUGGACACUGUUGUGGAUCACGCUCCACUCGUGACCAUUGGCGACAAGUGGGCCCACGUAAUCCACGAGCCCGAAAAGGGGUGCUUACUUAUCGCCACGGAGAAGCUUGACGGGGUCCACAUUUUCGAGCGGACGGUAAUCCUUCUUCUCUCAACUGGGCCGUUGGGCCCAUCAGGGAUCAUUCUGAAUCGGCCGUCGUUGAUGUCCAUCAAGGAGACGAGAUCGACGGCCCUGGACGUGGAGGGGACGUUUUCGAACAGUCCCUUGUUCUUUGGGGGGCCCUUGGAGGAAGGUUUGUUUUUGCUGAGUCCGAAAGAGGGUGACGAUGGGGUGGGGAAGAGUGGGGUGUUUGAGGAGGUCAUGAAGGGGUUGUACUAUGGGGCCAGGGAGAGUGUGGGCUGCGCUGCCCAAAUGGUCAAGAGGAAUGUCGUUGGCCUUGGGGAGUUUAGGUUCUUCGAUGGGUAUUGUGGGUGGGAGAAGGAGCAAUUGAGGGAUGAGAUCAGGGCUGGGUAUUGGACCGUCGCUGCGUGUAGCCCGACUGUUGUUGGGCUCGGGACUGUUGGGAGUGUUGGGCUCUGGGAUGAGGUUCUUGGGCUUAUGUCCAGAAGGAAGGUCAUGUGAAUUGUGAUGUGAGGGAUAGUAAUACUAUCAAUUCACAAUUUGCUUUGUAAAUUAUAAUUAUCUUCCUAAUUUUUGUGCCUUCUUCUUGUUUACUUGUUUCAUAACGUUAACCUCCCACAUUUUUGCUUAUCUGCUCUUAAAAGCAAUAUCUAUGAUCUUUCUCUAUAAAUGCAUUUCCACCUUCCGCCAGUGAUUGCUUAUCAAUGCAUAUCUUAUGAAUACA